AUGGCGUCCAUCGACCGGCACCAUCUUGACCUCUACGUGGCAAUUUGCAAGCCACAAGACCCAGAAGACCCUAUCCACUGGAUGAUGAUGAUGGCCCACCCAGGCGCGGAACGAUGCACGUGGCUUCACUGUGAAGGUUCUCGAGGCGAUCGUAGGACCGAGAUUGAAGAAGGAAAGAGAUUCAAUAGUUGGGGUGUCGACACUAAAGACUUUCUCUGCCGAAUCCCAGUAUCUGAGGGCAUCACAGUCGUCCAAGAAGCUUUGGCUCUUCCAAAAGAGAGCUGUCGGUGGUGGGUUUUGUACCUGAUGCUUAGGCUUGAGGAUAAGGGCCUGAUGCCCGAAGGAACUCAUAACCACUGGAAGGGACACCGUGACACUGGAAGUACAGAGAAUUUUGGAACUGGCUGUCUCGGCGAAACUUACUGA